AUGGCUGACUUCCAUCCCGAGCUCCAGGCCAAGCUCGAUGCCCUGCAACGCGAGUUAGAGGAGGGAGACAUUACAGAGAAAGGAUACAAUAAACGGCGCACAUUGUUACUCGCUCAGUUUGGUCAUGGUGAAUCCAGGGCUCCGGCCGCGUCUCCUGCCCCCGCCAUCCGCGAACCUUCACCCCCCCCGCCAACUGGCUUGCGCAUUCAUGACCCAGAUCAUCCGACGCGUGCGCUCUACGAUGGCCACAGAGCCGCCGCCUACAAUGCGUCCGUUGCCAACGGCGAUGACUCUGCGUUGCCCUCUGGUUUCGGUCACCCGCAUCCAGCUUCGCAAGCCCCCGACAUGAGCAACCCCGUUGGCCGCUUGCGGCCCGGUGGUUCUAUAGCUGAGCGCCGCGCUUCUGUGCAGCGCGAAUCCAUGUUUCUGCCAACUCCGACUGCGAAUAGCGACGGGGCCUCCCGGAGUGGAACCAUGGUUUCCAGGGAUUAUGCUUUUAAUCCGGAUCAACAUGGAGCUUACCUCGGUGCAGGGCAGCAGCAGCAACAACAUCAACAACAACAACAACAUCAUCAUCAUCAUCAUCAACAACAACAACAACAACAACACCCACAGCAGCAGCAGCAGCACCUCCCGCCGUAUGACGGAAGAAGCCAGACGCUGCAGGACUCCCAAGGUUACUUCUUCGACUUUGCCGGUCAGCAGCAUUACGACCAGCCCGGAGUUGACUAUGGGACUCCGCACAGAUAUUCUUCAGGCGAACCCUUCUCGCCCACCGCUGCCAUGGCUCCUCCCAUGCUCACGGCAAGCGACAUGCCGCCGCCCGAACUCUUGGAGUAUCUGCAGCCUCUGGAGCCGCGAGAGGUGCCAUUCGCUAUCCAGGACCCACACGAUCCCAACGUGCCCAUGUCCCGGUUCGACAACAUGGCUGCUGUCCUCCGAUACCGUGCUCGCACGACAGCCAAGGUGCCUGCGUACUGGGUCCUCGACAGCAAGGGUAAGGAAAUUGCGUCCGUCACUAUGGAGAAGCUGGCGUCUAGGGCCGAAAAGGUGGCUCAAGUUAUAAGAGAUAAGAGCUCGUUGUACCGCGGAGAUCGAGUGGCCUUGGUGUACCGCGACAGCGAGAUUAUCGACUUCGCCAUUGCCCUCAUGGGCUGUUUCAUCGCUGGCGUUGUCGCAGUGCCCAUCAACGAUUUGCAAGAUUACCAGCGUCUCAACUUCAUCCUCACCACAACCCAGGCGCAUCUCGCCCUGACGACGGACAACAACCUCAAGGCCUUUCAGCGCGACAUCACCGCGCAGAAGCUUACCUGGCCCAAGGGGGUCGAGUGGUGGAAGACGAAUGAAUUCGGCAGCUACCACCCUAAGAAGAAGGAUGACGUGCCGCCCCUCGCCGUCCCGGACCUCGCCUACAUUGAGUUUUCCAGGGCCCCAACCGGUGACCUGAGGGGUGUCGUCCUGAGUCACCGCACAAUCAUGCAUCAGAUGGCAUGUCUGAGCGCCAUCCUGUCGACCAUCCCCGUUGAUGGCCCGGGAGACACUUUCAACCCGUCAUUACGAGAUAAGAAUGGUCUUUUGAUCGGUGGUAGGAAACCUAGCAGCGAGACCCUGCUCUCCUACCUGGAGCCCCGACAGGGCAUCGGCAUGAUUCUAGGCGUCUUACUCGCCGUCUAUGGCGGUCACACGACCGUAUGGUUCGACAACAAAGCCGUAGACGUUCCCGGCCUCUACGCGCACCUCAUCACCAAAUACAAGGCAACCAUCAUGGUGGCGGAUUAUCCUGGCUUGAAGCGAGCGGCGUACAAUUACCAGCAAGAUCCCAUGACAACACGAAACUACAAAAAGGGCAUGGACCCAAACUUCCAAUCUGUGAAGCUUUGCUUGAUCGACACACUCACUGUUGACGGAGAAUUCCACGAGGUUUUGGCUGAUCGAUGGCUAAGACCACUGAGAAAUCCCAGGGCCAGGCAAGUUGUCGCGCCAAUGCUGUGUCUCCCGGAACAUGGGGGCAUGGUGAUAAGUGUGAGGGACUGGCUAGGCGGGCAGGAGCGAAUGGGGGUGCCGCUGACUCUCGAGCGAGAGGCGCCGUCAGACUCUGAAUCGGGUGAGGAGGACCGGACAGCCAAGCCUGUCCCUUCAAACGGGUUUGGCAGCUUGCUGAGCGGUGGAACGACUGCAACGGCCGAAAAGAGCUCCAACACGGAAAUGAAUGAAGUCCUCCUCAACCGGGAGGCGCUCAAAACAAACGAAGUAGUGGUCAUGGCGUACGGCAACGAAGUGGCCAAGAAGGCAUCCAACGAACCAGGGAUGGUGAGAGUGGGCACGUUUGGAUAUCCCAUCCCUGAUGCUACCCUGUCAGUCGUCGAUCCUGAAACCGGCCUUCUAGCAUCUCCUCAUACCGUGGGCGAGAUAUGGAUCGACUCCCCGUCUUUAUCUGGUGGGUUCUGGGCGCAGCCCAAAAACACCGAGCUCAUCUUUCAUGCCCGCCCCUAUAGGUUUGAUCCCGGGGAGCCAACCCCAACCGCUGUCGAACCCGAGUUCCUGCGAACCGGGCUUUUGGGUACAGUGAUUGAAGGUAAGAUCUUCAUCCUGGGCCUCUAUGAGGAUCGCAUUCGGCAGAAAGUGGAAUGGGUCGAGCAUGGCCAUGAGGUCGCAGAGUACAGGUAUUUCUUCGUUCAGCAUAUGGUGGUGAGCAUCGUCAAGAAUGUUCCCAAGAUAUACGAUUGCUCUGCGUUUGACGUCUUUGUCAAUGACGAGCACCUCCCGGUGGUCGUUGUGGAGACGGCUUCGGCAUCCACGGCUCCCCUCGCCUCAGGAGGGCCACCAAGACAACCUGACACAGCGCUGCUUGAUUCCUUGGCCGAAAGAGUCAUGGAGGUGCUCAUGGAAGAACACCACCUCAGGCUGUACUGCGUCAUGGUCACACCGCCAAACACCCUGCCUCGGGUGGUCAAGAAUGGCAGACGCGAGAUUGGAAACAUGCUCUGCAGGCGAGAAUUCGACCUCGGCAACUUGCCCUGCGUCCAUGUGAAGUUCGGGGUCGAACAUGCCGUGCUAAACCUCCCCAUAGGCGUUGAUCCGAUCGGCGGCAUAUGGUCCCAGAUUGCCUCGGAUUCAAGGGCUGAGAUCCUGGCCCCAGCCGAAAAGCAAUACUCGGGUAUAGACCGGAGAGAGGUUGUGAUUGACGAUCGCACCUCUACUCCGCUCAACAACUUUGCUUGCAUCACGGAUCUGAUUCAAUGGCGAGUCGCCCGACAAGCUGAUGACCUUGCUUACUGUACCAUUGAUGGCCGAGGAAGAGAGGGAAAGGGCAUUCCCUGGCGCAAAUUCGACCAAAAGGUGGCGGCGGUGGCCAUGUAUCUCAAAAACAAGGUCAAGGUCCGACCCGGGGUUCAUAUUGUGCUCAUGUACACGCAUUCCGAAGAGUUUGUGUUUGCCGUUCACGCUUGCAUCAAUCUCGGCGCGGUCGUCAUACCCAUGGCGCCGCUGGACCAGAACCGACUCAACGAGGACGUCCCCGCGCUUCUCCAUCUCGUUGCCGACUACAACGUCAAGGCUGUGCUGGUGAAUCAAGAGGUGGACCAUUUGAUCAAGCUCAAGCCGGUAGCGAGCCAUAUCAAGCAGUCGGCGCAAAUCCUCAAGAUUGCCGUUCCCAACGUCUACAACACUACGAAGCCGCCCAAGCAGAACAGCGGGCUACGGGAUCUGGGCUUCACAAUCGACCCCGCCUGGAUUCGUCCCGGCUAUCCGGUCCUCGUCUGGACGUACUGGACACCGGACCAGCGAAGAAUAGCAGUCCAGCUGGGACACGAUACCGUCAUGGGAAUGUGCAAGGUGCAGAAGGAGACGUGCCAGAUGACGAGCUCACGCCCGGUCAUCGGAUGUGUCCGAAGCACCACAGGGCUGGGCUUCCUUCACACCUGCUUCAUGGGUAUCUACACCGGCUCCCCAACGUACCUCCUCUCGCCCGUGGAGUUUGCGCAGAGCCCGACGUCGCUGUUUGUUGCGCUGUCGAGAUACAAGAUUAAGGAUACGUACGCAACACCUCAAAUGCUGGACCACGCCAUGGCAGUCAUGCCGGCCAAAGGCUUUACGCUGCACGAAAUGAAGAACAUGAUGAUUACGGCCGAGGGUCGCCCCCGGGUCGAUGUUUUCCAAAAGGUCCGGAUGCACUUUGCCGGCGUGGGACUCGACAGGACGGCGAUCAACACUGUGUUUUCUCACGUACUGAACCCCAUGAUCGCCUCGAGGUCUUACAUGUGCGUCGAGCCCAUCGAGCUGUGGCUGGACACCAAGGCUCUGCGGCGCGGCCUCGUCGUCACGGUUGAUCCCGAGAGCGACCCCAAGGCCCUGCUGGUGCAGGACUCGGGAAUGGUUCCCGUGUCAACGCAGAUUGCCAUUGUGAACCCCGAAAACCGUGUGCAUUGCCUCGACGGGGAAUACGGGGAAAUCUGGGUCGAUUCAGAGGCUUGCGUCAAGUCGUUUUACGGAUCAAAAGACGUCUUUGACGCUGAGCGCUUCGACGGACGUACUGUCGACGGGGACCCUAACUUGCCCUACGUCAGAACAGGCGACCUCGGCUUCUUGCACAACGUCAGCCGGCCUAUUGGGCCAAAUGGCGCCUUGGUUGAUAUGCAAGUCCUGUUUGUGCUUGGGUGCAUUGGCGAGACUUUUGAGAUUAACGGCUUGAGUCAUUUCCCAAUGGACAUUGAACUGUCGGUGGAAAGAUCGCACCGCAAUAUUGUGCCAGGUGGCUGCGCAGUGUUUCAGGCAGGAGGCCUUGUCGUAGUCCUCGUCGAAGUGAGCAGGAAACCGUACCUCGCGUCGAUGGUGCCAGUCAUCGUCAACGCAAUCCUCAACGAACAUCAAAUCAUUGCCGAUAUUGUGGCGUUUGUCAGCAAAGGAGAUUUCCCCCGGUCCCGAUUAGGAGAAAAGCAAAGAGGAAAGAUCCUGGCAGGAUGGGUCACCCGUAAACUGCGGACGCUGGCUCAGUUUGCGAUCCGGGACCUGGAUGCCUCAGCCAUGGGCGAAUCGGGAAGCGGCAGCGGCACGGCGGAUUUCGGAGAGGCCAGCAGAGUGUCAACUGGCAGCAUCCGCAGUGCCGGGUUCCUGGCAGGCGCCUCGAGCUUGAGGAACGUCGAGCACGCGCCGCAGAUUUUGGAGCAAGAGGAAGCCGAUGUGCACAUGAGCCGGGUCUACAACGCUUCUACGCCGUCGGCGCCAGCCCCUCGACCGUCGUCCAUGCCCGUGAUCGAGGGAGAGGCGGCGUCGGCAGCAGAGGACGCUCAAGGCUUCAUCAAAUCGGGCCUGGCUCCUCGUGUACAGCGCAAGCGGGUAGACGCGCACGGCUAUCCCGACAGCACCACGCGGCGGGAUGAUGAGUCUUGUGACCAAGAACAGCCCCCGCCCGUGGGGCCGAAACCUACAAGGUCCGGCGCGGACACCAUGACUUCGCCUCCGAAGAUACGAAUGUCCCUCCCGGGCGUCGAUGGACGGGAAGGCUUCCAUAUUUGGGAUGCUCGUGAGGAUUGCGAGGACGAGGCGGACUGGACGGCGGACGCGAUCAUGCAUAUGAACCUUGCGGGGGAUCUGGCACCCAAGUGA